AUGUGCGCGAGCCAGAUUGCCGCCCACGAGCACGCGUACGGCACCGAAUUCGACUUCGUGCUGUGGGCGCGGCCAGACCUGGUGUGGAGGUUUCCCCUCGGCGACCUACGGGCCUUCUCGAAGGACCACGUCCACGCCUCCUACGCGCAGCACCUGGAGCUGUCCGACCUGUUCGCGCUGGUCCCGCGAAGGUUCUUCGACGUGUAUGCUAAGGCGUACCAGGAUUUGCAAGCCUCUGGAUAUAGGUUCCGCUGCCUGACGCGCGCUGAUCACGAGCGGGCGUCCGCGGGCAAGGUCUGCGACUACCCUGGGAUCGGCCACUGCUGGCGCUGCGGUUUCGGCAGCAUCGGCUGCCUGCUGCAGCAUCACCUCAUCGCGCACGGCAUCCCGCUGCGCAGGAUUCCGUUCGAGAUCGUGGACAGGCCAGACAGGGCGAGGGAGGUCCCGCUGCCGCUGCGUUCGGCAAAGAAAAAGGUGGGCGGGAAUGGGAAUGGAAGACGACGAUGUGGGUGA